UUUUAAUUAUUGUUUUUUUUUUCUGUCUCCCCUUCGCUGAUCCCGUGCGCCUCCCUCCCCUUCCUCUAUCGCCCCCAAACCCUCCGCCGAUCGCCGGGUCCUCCACCUCCUCGAUCCGACAACCGCCCGAGUCGCAUCCAAAGAUCGCGUGCUGCCGAAGAAACCCGAUCUCCGGCUUCUCUUCUGUCACUAGCUUGUUGCGCUGCCGGUUUCCCUUGUUUGAUAGCUAUGCGAUCCGUCAGUUCGGGUUCGAUUGAUUAGUCUUGAUCGAGGAACGCCCUCUCCUACCUUAUGUUUCCCGUUGUUUGCUUGAUUUUUCUGGAAAUUGAGAUAGGGAGCGGUGUAUGUGUGUGAGUGUGGAACUGCUGUCUAGGGUUUCCUGUUGCUAGGUGUUCGGGUCAUGGGAAGCACCGGGGAGCCAGAGAGGAAGCGACGGCAUUUCGGGCCCAUAUCUCCCACUAGCGCCGGUGCCACCAAGAAGCAGCCUUUUUCACCUCGCUCUGAUGACAAGAAGCUUGAUGUUGCUGUGUUGAAAUACAAGAAUCAGAAGCUUUCUGAACAAUUAGAAGCUCAGAAAUUUGAGUAUCUUGCUCUUGGAAAUAAAUUUCAUCAGUUCAAAGAGAAACAGAAGACACAUGAGGACACGCUACUUUUGGUAAAUAAUAACUGGGAGCGGCUUCUCUGUGACCUGGACUCACUUUCUACCUCAGCAAGUGGAUCUACAUGUGCUUAUCACUUGAAACACUCUCAUUUGUCCAAUGAUGGAGCAUCCUUCUCCAUAGAGGAAGAUUUCUUGAGGAGACUUUUGGAAACAGGUGCAACCGAAUGUUCUGAGAAUGCAUCUCCUACAUCUAACCAGGAUGAUGUACAAGCAACACCUUUGGCAACAAAAAGCAUCUUGAAGAAUCUUUUAAGUUUACUCAAUGGUGUAUGGCAUGUAAAUGAGGUGUUUUCUGCUGCUUGCCUUUCAACUAUACCUGAAGAUGAACCUGGCAGAAAAUUGCUGAAAAUUAUUCAAGACCUUGAGGUAGAGGUUAGAAACUUUCUCAUGGCUGUAGGUGAUCUUCAUUUAAAACAUAGAUCAGUGGCAGAUGACCUCCUAAACCAUCAAGAUGUAGAUUUGAUAAAUAAGGCUGAAUGCAAACGACUAGCAGAGGAGUUGGCCAGUACAGUUGCUGAAUUGGAAGAAAGCAAUUGUAGGAUAUCAAAGCUAAAGUUGCAUAAAGGCACAACACAAAAUUCACAUUUCCUUUUCCCUAAUUUUGGAAACAAACAAGUUGCUAGAGAUAAGGUGAAGGAUGCAAAAAAGGAUAUGCAAUAUAUGGAAUCUUCCCUCAAAGAAUUGACGGUUCUGGUUUCAAGCCGGUUGGAGGACAUAAAGAAAUUGCAUGAAGAAAGAAUUGAUAUUCUAAGGAAAAUAGCUGAUAUGCGGAAUGCUUUGAUGGAUUUCAAGAAGAUAUCGUCAUCCAAGACUUUUGUGUUGCUGAGUGACCACCUGAAGACAUCAAAGGAAGAAAUGGAUCAGUGCCGGGUUUCACUUGAGAAAUUGCAGGUUGAAAAAGACAGCUUUAUAUGGUGGGAAAAGGAGGUGAAUUGGAAACAUGAGAUAGCUGAUAUUGGUAGGACAAUCUCUUUUCUUUCCGAGUCUAGAAUUGCCGAACUAGAGCAGAGUCUGCGGAAAUUGGCUGAUGAAAGGGUUAUGUUAGAGUCCAAACUUGAAGCAGCCACAAGAGGAUCAAGUAGGAAAGAGAUAAUUCAAGAAUUCAAGGCACUUGUUGCAUCACUGCCUAAAAGCAUGGAGAUCGUGCAAAAUGAAAUUGAUCAAAAAAAGGAAGCUACUAUCAACCUUCAUUCUCUGAGAGCAGAAGUGCAAUGCCUUUCUAGUAUGUUGCAUAGGAAGGAGAACGAGAUUAAAACUUUAUUCAAUAAUUCUUCUCAACAACUUUCUGAAAUAAAGCAGCUGCAUACAACUGUCCAAGAUUUGAGAGAGACUAAUUAUGAGUUGAAGCUAUUCCUAGAGAUGUAUAGACGUGAAUCUACUGAUUCCAGGGAUCUCAUAGUAUCCAAAGACAAUGAAUAUGAAGCAUGGGCUCAUGUCCAUACUCUCAAAUCAUCUCUUGAUGAACACAACUUGGAAUUGCGUGUUAAGGCAGCCAUUGAAGCUGAAGCAACAUCUCUAAAGAUGCUAACUUCUGCUGAAGCUGAGAUUGAUGAAUUGAGGCAGAUGUUGGAAACAUGUGAGAGGGAUAUGUCUAGGUUGUCUGAGAUUCUGAAAUCAAAACACGAGGAAGGAAGAACAUAUCUAUCCGAAAUUGAGUGUAUUGGACAAUCAUAUGAAGAUAUGCAAACUCAAAACCAACACUUGUUGCACCAGAUUAUAGAGAGAGACGACUACAACAUCAAACUUGUGAUGGAGGGCGUGAAAGAGAAGCAAAUGCAGGAAGCACUUCGUUUGGAAAUACAAACUAUGAACAGAAAGCUACAACAAGCCAAACUGUUGAUGGAUUCAUAUGAUCUGAAGGCUUCGAAAAUGGAUGAACAGCUGAAGAUGUGGUCAGAGCAAGUGGGGAAACUUGCUGAGGAUGCUCGACAGGGUGGAGCCACUUUUGAGCACACAAAGAAAAGGCUAUUGGAUGCACAGAUGGAGGCUCAAAAAUUGAGACUAUUACUCGACGGUGUUCAAGACAAGGUUGAGGGAAGCCGACUAGAGGUAGCAAAUUUGCUGAUAGAAAUAGAGAAAGAGAGGUACAACAAGAAGAGAACUGAGGAAAGUUUAGAAGUCAUGACGAGGAAAGCUGCCUCUCUCAGGGCACAAACCAAGGGUUCUGUCCUGGAGAAACUUCGGCAAGAAGUAAAAGAAUAUAGGGGAAUCCUCAAAUGCAGUAUCUGCCUUGAUCGGCAAAAGGAGGUUGUGAUUGCAAAAUGCUACCAUUUAUUCUGCCAUCAGUGUGUCCAAAGAACAGUUAGCAACCGUCAGCGCAAGUGCCCAACUUGCGGGGCGAGUUUCAGCCCGAACGAUGUCAAGCCAAUCUACAUUUGAUCCUGGCAUCGCAUUUGUUUCGUGUGUGGGAAACAAAUCCAAUCGAAGCACUCCCAAGCCAAGAUGCUUCGUGGUAGAUAUGAUCAAACUUUGUAUCUUAAGUGUAGUUCUUGUAAUGUACUUCAGUGUAGUUUAGGCUGUCUGCCCUGAGACAGCUCGAUCGAACCUGAGUGCCCCUUUUCGAGGAACGGUUUUCUUACUAAAUCAUUGUAAAGUUCCUUCCGCAACCUAUCCCAUUCCAUUGUUUCAUAAUUCAAUGAAAUGAGGCACAGUGUUUACUUUUGUAAGUCAAAAUUGUAGUAGUUAAUAAUUAGACUUGUGGAUUCUUCAA